CCCAUUUCCCUUACUGAUUUUAUCCUUGAUUGAGCACUUGCCACUGAAUCAGCAUCACCACCAGCAGCAAAGAUGGUCAAAGCCAUUCGAGUCCAUGAGCUUGGUGGACCUGAGGUCUUGAAAUGGGAAGAUGUGGAAGUAGGAGAGCCAAAGGAGGGAGAGGUUCGUGUGAAGAACAAGGCCAUUGGGCUUAAUUUCGUUGAUGUAUACUUCCGCAAAGGCGUUUAUAAGGCUGCUACAGUCCCCUACAUCCCAGGUGUUGAGGCUUGUGGAGUUGUGACAGCUGUGGGACCGGGACUAACAGGCAGGCAAGUUGGAGAUCUUGUAGCCUAUGCUGGUCAGCCAAUGGGCUCAUAUGCGGAAGAGCAGAUCCUUCCUGCAAACAGAAUUGUGCCUGUUCCUCCUUCCAUUGAUCCUACUGUUGCUGCAUCCCUCUUGCUCAAGGGUAUGACAGCUCAGUUUCUACUACGCAGUUGUUUCAAGGUUGAACCUGGACACACAGUCCUUGUCCAUGCAGCAGCUGGUGGAGUUGGAUCCCUUUUAUGCCAGUGGGCUAAUGCCCUUGGUGCCACUGUCAUUGGAACUGUAUCUACUAAAGAGAAGGCAGCUCAAGCCAAGGAGGAUGGAUGUCACUAUGUCAUAAUCUAUAAGGAAGAGGACUUUGUUGCUCGAGUGAAAGAAAUAACAUCUGACAAUGGGGUCGAGGUUGUUUAUGAUUCUGUUGGGAAGGAUACUUUCGAGGGAUCACUGGCAUGCUUGAAGACUCGUGGAUACAUGGUGAGUUUUGGGCAGUCAUCAGGUGCGCCAGAUCCGGUUCCAUUGUCAGCCAUUGCAGUGAAGUCACUGUUCUUGACUAGGCCUAGACUCUUUAAUUACGCUGUAACUCGAGAUGAAUUGCUAGGGAUGGCGGGAGAGGUAUUUGGUAAUGUUCAAUCAGGUGUAUUGCGGGUUCGAGUAAAUCACACCUACCCAUUGUCUCAAGCAGCACAGGCACACGAAGACCUUGAGAAUAGGAAAACAUCUGGAUCUGUUGUGCUUAUCCCCUAAUGCAAAUAUGAGUUUGGUCUGUUCAAUUUAAAAGACUACGUGGUGUGUAUGUGAAAAUGAAUAAGGAACGUUUGCCUUCAUGUUCAGGAUA